AUGGGUAGACUACGUGAAUAUCAAGUAAUUGGUCGUAAGUUACCUAGUAAAAAAGAUCCAGCUCCAAGACUUUUUAGAAUGAGACUUUUUGCUCCCAAUGAAGUUGUAGCUAAAAGCCGUUUCUGGUAUUAUUUGACAAAAUUAAGAAAAAUAAAAAAGGCUGCUGGUGAAAUUGUUACCAUCAAUGAGAUCUUUGAAAAAAGACCAUUACAAAUUAAAAAUUACGGCAUUUGGCUUCGUUAUGAUUCCAGAUCUGGAACACAUAAUAUGUAUAAAGAAUAUCAUCAAGAUAUGGCAGCUCGUCAUCGUGCGCGAUUCUCAUCCAUUCAAAUAUUGAGAAUUGCAGAAAUUAAGACUUCUCAAGUGAAACGUCCAUAUAUUAAACAACUACUUGAAAAGAAACUUAGAUUUCCUUUACCUCAUCGCGUUAUGCGGUCCGAAAGAAAAACCAAAUUCUUGGCAAAACGUCCUUCAACAUUUUACUAA